AUUUUGUUUUUGACAAUGCAGCUAUCAAACCUAGCAAGUGUACUCUUUCUUGGAAUAUUUCUGUCCAUCAUAACCACCAGCAUCUUGGAGCUUCGAUGGAGUGGCGUGACCAUCAAAGCAAUAUGGCGAAACGAGCAGUUCUGGGUCAUAAGAGGCGUCUCGGCCCACCUCUUCGCCGUCUUCCAAGGUUUCCUGAAGAUGUUACCAAGCAUUGACACAAACUUCACAGUCACAGCAAAAGCUGCAGAUGACACAGAGUUUGGUGAACUCUACAUCAUAAAAUGGACCACACUCUUGAUCCCUCCAACAACUCUGAUCAUAGUUAACAUGGUUGGUGUUGUUACUGGUUUCUCUGAUGCACUCAAUGGAGGCUAUGAGUCUUGGGGGCCUUUAUUUGGCAAAGUUUUCUUUGCAUUUUGGGUUAUUUUUCAUCUGUAUUCAUUCUUCAAAGGUCUCAUGGGUCGCCAGAACAGAACACCAACCAUUGUUAUACUUUGGUCAGUGUUGUUGGCAUCAAUCUUCUCUCUUGUUUGGGUUAAGAUCAAUCCCUUUAUCAGCAAAACUGACAGCUCAACCAUCUCAAGGACUUGCAUUUCCAUUGAUUGUUAAAAUCUCACAAUUAUCAAACAGUUUUGAUCAUAUGGUAUUUGUGAAAGAUUUCAUUUGCUACAGUGUGCAAAGUCAUAAGAUGUGUAACUAUUUUUCAUCGAGAUUAAAAACUCUCUUGAUAUAUAUUUUUUUGGGUUA